AUGUUGGACUCUGGGGUUUAUGACAAUUAUUCUGAUUCCUGCCCGAGUUCUGAAGUCGAUAAUGAUGACAGCCAAAAAUUGAAAAAUGAGCCAUCAACUAAGACAAAAAACUUUAAUUCAAAUUUAGACAACCCUGAAAACUGGUCACUAAUCGCUGAACAGACAUUAAAAAGAAUAAAAGAAUCUUAUGACGACCUGAGAAGAGGUGACAAAGACAAUUCGGAUGCUAAUUUAGAAUCUUUGACUGGCCGCUUUAAUAAAGCAAGCCGCCUGAGUAAAAGUUUUUAUUUUGGUAGUCGAGGGUUCAAAGAAUUAUCCACACCUUUAUCAAGAAAAAAUAGAAAAAAUAUCUUUUCACUCAGUGGUUUAGACCUUGACAGCCGAACCAUUGAACGACUUAGUGAACUUCACCUAAACAAAAAAGAUUGGCACAACAAAGAUGAUUUAGUUGAAUCUCUGAAGCGACUUUUUGAUUCACACAUUGCUAACAAAUAUGGGUCAGUAAGUGGUAGCCUGUGUUCAAAUGCUUCAUCUGAAUUCCUCUCCUCAUUCGACGAUGGAGGAAGUAGUGGCGGUGACAGGAGUGGUUCGCAGGCCGAGACCAGUGAUGUGCUGAGUGAUGGGGGUAGUGAUUACGUUGAUGACGAAGAGAGAGGACUGAGUUUUAUUUGCGAUGAAUCAGUUGACAAUAGUUUUGAAGGUCAACCUUCAACUAUAAAAGGACAGGCAAAAGAUCUUUCUAAUGAGGUCAGUGUUGAUCUAGAUUAUGAUGCUGGUGCAUUGGUCAUUAAAAGUAAUGAUAUAUCAGUUGGUUUGGAGGGAGGAACUUGUGCCAUCAAUGAGUCUGACCUCUUGCUGUCUGGUGAUAACAACAACAACAAUAAGAAUAAUUAUAAUGAUAAUAAUAAUAAUGAUAAUAAUAUUGAUGAUGCUUCAGAAAUACUAUCCACAUUAAGUAAUAUUACCGCCAGAAUUAGUGAAAUUCUAGCAGACAAGUCAUACAGAGAUGAGGCUGUGAUUGCUGCCACUGCUGCUGCUGCUACUACUACUACUACUUUUGCAGACGUGGUCGAUACUUCUACCAUAGUUACUGCAACAAAUGCUGCUACUAGCCCCAGCACUACUACUACUUAUGUUGAAAGCCAUGGUGUUAGAAAUUCUUUAUCAACUACUAAUUCUUCAUCAACUGUUUCUAAUGAUGAGGCCCCUACUUCUACUACUACUGCAGCUUCUACUAUAACCACUACAGCUACUACUACCAGAAUUAUUUCAGAUAUUAAUGGUCUAGCUAAUACUAAUAAUAGUAAUGAUAAUAAAGUUAAAACUGUCAAAACCACAACUUCAACAGUAUCUGCAGCGUCAAAACGCUACGAAACGUUGAAGAAACUUGUCUCAGAGGCUCAAUUAGAGUACAAUGACGACGACCAUGACACCAGCAACAACUUUGAUAACAGCAACAACAAUAACAACAUUUUUUUCAACGCUAUAUACGCUACAAAAUACAACAACAACAACAUAGAAACAAGAGCAAAAACAUCAAAACAAAUUUUCCCCCAUAAACCCCUCAAAAAACAUCACUAUCUCUCAGCAGCUGAAAGCAAAAACAGCUUACAACCAUCAUCAUCAUCAUCGUUGCCUUCCGAGUUCAAUACAAUUUCAUCAUCUUAUUUAGAUACUGAUGAUGGUGAUCAAAAGUCCCUAAGUACUCUAUCCCAGACGACCAGCAACAGUUGCGAAUCCAGCAAAUCCUCCCUACAUCCCCUUCCGGCCCUCAACGUCUCACCCAGUAGUCUGGGGGAGAAAUAUGGCGGAAAGGUUUUCGUUGCAGCGACAAAAUCGUCGUUGUCUGUGCCGUUUGCAGCCACGAAAGCUGCGACAACGACGUCAUUUCAGCCAGCAAAGUCGACCUGUUUCAAUUAUGAAGAGGCCCUCGUGAAGUUGAAUUCCACGCAUUUGCAGAUUAUCAUGAACUCCAUGCUGGAUAAUAUUAAUGCCAUGAAUGAAGAACUGAUGGAUCUGCUGCAGCUUCGAGAUGAACACCUCAUCGUCCAGGAUUCACUUCUUGUUGAUAUAGAGGAUUAUACCAGGAUGGCUGAAGAGUAUGAAUACAAGAAGCUGAUGGAGAAGAAAAACUGA